CCCUGCCGGCCGGCUGCCGCGGCGGGGCGGGAGGGCUGCCCGCGGGGCUGCCCGGGAGUCGGAGUUGCUUGUGCCCCCUCCCCUGGAGUGUCCCCCCGCCGCACGGCCCGCUCCGGGGCUGCGGCGGCGCUGGAGGCUCGCGGCGUGCGUGGCGCGCAGCAGCGGCCGGUGGGGAGCGGCGGGCUGGAGCGGGAAGCGGGGCGGACUACGUUUCCCAGGGCGCACCGCGGCCGCCGUUGGCUCGGCGGGGCGGGCUGGCGGCGGAACCGGCGCGGCGGUUGAAUGCUGGCGGGGAGCGGGGCGCCAUGGAGGUGUCGUCGCUCGUCAGGAAGCUGGGUCACGAACUGGCAGAGAUAAGAGAACGAUCUCUGAAGACUAUUCUGUUUAAAUUAGAACAUAACUUGAUUUCGUACGCUGAUCUGGUCCAUGAAAAUGUGCUUUUCCUUAAUCUUUUGGAGUGGUUCAAUUUUCCAGUCGUACCAAUGAAGGAGGAAGUACUAAAUUUUGUGAACAAUCUAAUCAAGCAUCCGCCUGUGGCCCAGAAAAUGAUUGGAAUUGGUGCAGUGGAAUUCUUCUCUCAGCUUCGCCCCAAUGUGGAUCCAAACUUACAGGCUAUAAUUGAUGGGAUUGUGGAUGGGCUGUUCUUCCUUCCUUCUGGACUUCCUUCUAGUUCUUUAUCAGUAUGUUAUCAAACUCAGUCUCAGCCUUCAGCAGAUCAACCAGCUCUGCCUCACGAGGAAUUAGUGACUGGAUAUUUUUGUCAAGGUAGAAGUCAUCUGCCGCAGUUAGAAAUCCCUCCCAAAAGGACAGUUGUGAAAUGCUUGAAAUUUUCCACGUUUCCUUGGCUAACUCUGACUUCAACAGAUAGACAUGUUCUUUCAUCAAAUGAAAGCUCUUUGAGAAGUAACAACCAAAGUUUAAUUUGGAGUACAUGUGAGCUUCUUCAGGAUGUGAUUAUGCAAGAUUUUCCUGCUGAGAUCUUCCUUCAAAGGCCAAAGAUUGUACAGAGUCUUUUGUGUCUGCUAAACCUGGCUUUUGGAGGAGAUGGAAGACAUCGGUUAGCUUUGCAGGCUGUGUCGUGCCUGCAACAGUUGUGCAUCUUCUUGAGAAGCAGACUUAACUUUCACAGAGAUCCAAGUUUUUCUUCCACAGAGCACAGCACAGCUUCCCAGAAUUCAUCUAUAUCUUACUGUCAAGAAGCAAGAGGUCCUCCUCGUUCUCAGAAUCCAUCACCUGGAAGCAGUAGCCCUCGGCCGUCUGUGAUUGGACGGCCAGUUCAGCGUCCUAGAGGAGAUGGUCAAGACUGGGAUGCAGCAUCUUCCAGUGGAAACAGUACCCAAGCAAAUGCAACCUCCAGAAUAUCUCUGCAUUCCCCACUUGAUAUAGGACGUAUUGACCUACCAGAUAAUGAAAAUGAGGACACUUUGGAAUUACAGAUGAAGCAGCUUAGCCUUCCUCAGUUCUGUGUUUCCAUCUUAGAAAAUGCAAUACCUCUUCUAAGAACAGGCAGUAGGAGAGUGACGAUGGAAGUUCUUGAGUUGCUUGUUGAAGAUAUGUUCCUUAUUGGUGAUGCUAUUUCUGAAAACGUUUGGGAAGAUGAUAGCCUUUUUGCAUUGGAAUUGAAAGAGAAAUUGCUUCUGGUCUUGGGUUUGCUUGGAGAAACUAUAUUAUAUCACAAAACCAAUAUAAGUGCAGAACAGCCCGAGGUGAUGUUGGUGCAUCACAGAAUGGCAUUUAUUAGCAUUUCACUCUUCACUGUUAGAUUGCUGCAAAUACUUCUCCCUGUGGAAAAGGCGAGUAAAGUUUUACAAAAGAGUUUGCUGAGCGCUUUAUUUCUUCUUUCUCUGGACGUGUCCUUCUCCAUGGAAUACCCAAGCAUUCAUGAAUCUGUUGCAGCCUACCUGGAGCAGAUGAGUACUGAGAACUACAGUAUUUAUAAACAAGCUUCAGAAGCUGUGUAUUCGAUCGAAUGCACUUGUAGCUUUAUGACUGAAGUUCAUAAGAAGGUGGACAACAAUCUUUCUGAAUUAGUAGAGUUGGCAGAUCAGGCCUUGAGUAGUCUACCCUACCAUCAACACUUUCCCUUGCUUCAGGAAUGCAUUCACAUGUGCUCAAAUAUUUGGAAGUCUGACAAGGCUAACUCAGUGCUCCAGGCUGAGAGUCAGAAGGUGCUUCUCCGUCUGUUGUCUCACCCUUUGCUGAAUAUAAAAACUGAAGCCUAUCACUGCUGUUUGGAAGUGGUUAAGGACUGUUUAGGUAUUCAUAAUACUGCGAAGCCUGUAUCUUCACUUUGCCAUGGAGUACAUUUUCUUCUUCAUCCAAGAGUUUUCUAUGAAAUCUGUACGUUUGGCCUUCAGGAAGAUAAGAAGGAGGUGAACUCUACAGCCAAGGCCAUUCUGAUGCAUCUAUUGCAGGGACGAUUAGUAAUGGCAGUAUUGACUUGGAACAAGUUUAUUGAGGCCCUCUAUCCCGUCAUUCCUAUUUUACAGGGUUAUGCUGAUGCAAAAGAUACACUAGGUAACUGUAUCCUCACUUUGAGUGAAACAACCUCUGACAAAGGAGAGGGUAUUCUCCCUAGAACUACUAGACUGCGGGCUGCUCUGCGUCUUCUCUUCUCAAAGAAACAGUUGGUUCGUUCUACAGCACUUAAACAUUUAACUUUCCAUCUUUUGAAUGAAGAAGGGGCAAACCUGAAACGGCCGCAUCUGCAUGGUAGUGUGCUUUCCAGCAUUUCCAACUUAUUUAUUAUAGAAAGAGCUAUUGAACUAAAAAUGGAUGAUAAAACUGAGUCGAUAUUUAAGGCAGAAACUAUUGAAAAGCUGUAUGACAUCCUGACUUCUGAUGCUGUUGACCUAGUUUUACGGAAGUCUGCAGCCGAGCAGCUAGCUAUCAUUUUAGAAGAUACCAAAAUGCAUGGCACCGUGAAAAAGUUAGGUGUGAUAGAAAAGAUUUUGGUUUACCUUAAUGAAAGUAUACAUGUGGAUGGCAAGCUCAUGGAAUCCAUAGUGUUACCAUGUCUAGCACUCUUACGCAAACUUGUAUAUGCUGAUCCAGCUGUUCGUCUAUCCCUAGCACAGCAGUCACCUUUACUGCUUUCACUAUUCAGAGUUUCCCUGAUAUUCCAAAACGAUCGUGCUGUUUUAACUGAAACUACAGUAUUGCUUUGUCUUCUGUUGUUUGAUGAAGUAGCAAGAACAGAAACAUGGGCUGAUGGUGUAAUCAGUAAUGAUAGUGGCCUACCUGCCUUCAGUUUACCUGUUGCUGUUGUUAGAAGGUAUCAUCUCCCAGUUAGGACCACUGCUCAUCAUGUUGUUAGCCCUAAUACUGUUGUGGUGCCAUUGUCUUCUGAGUGUUUGGCUAUGAAACCUGUGUCAGAUAUGCUUAAGAUGGCUUGGAAUCUGUCAUGGUACCAUGGGACUGAAAACCUAUUGCAACUGAUAAAUUAUGAAAAGGAAGCAGAAACAUUUUUAGACUCGCUAAAACUAUCCUCAGAAGAUAUUCUUAUACUCAAAAUAACCCACACGAACUAUGGACUGCAGGAUUGUCUUCAUUCAAUCAUUCAGGCAGUAUCCCACAGGGAUGUUAGGGCUGCUCUCACUAGGCUUAGUUUUUAUGUUCUGAAUGACAGACUUGCAUUAAAAUGCAGUUCUGGAUCUUGUGGAACCACUUUGAAGAGCUUUGUUUGGCAAAAAGCAAUAAACAGGUUUCUGCAAGUGCUUCCAGCUUCUGUGGAGGAUGAGAAGCUUUUAGUAGAUGUCCUACGGUUGUUAAACAAAUUGCUUAGAGAGCAGAGAUCAGAUUUGGAGUCAGACCAUCUAAAGUGGAUCCUGAAAUCAUUGCUUAAAAAUAAGCCCAAAUCCCUUUUGGGUCUCCUGGUGCGACCGGAAUCCCAAGUGCGGGAUGAAAUAGAUGAAGUGCAGACUGCUGUCAGGCAGCAACUGGAUAAAGAACUCGUUCGUCAUUUUAACAAACUGUUAUUUUGUUCUGUGUCACUGACUGACAGAGAGGGCUUGGAACUUGCUGGCUCUUUCAGAACUGAGUUGGCUCUGAAGCUGCUGCAAUGCUUAAGGCUAACAGAUGCACCACAUUUUUAUGGACUUCCUUCGCUGGAGAGAACAUUACGAGGAAUGGUUCAUGUUACUGCUCUUCCAGGCUGGAGUACCUAUUCUGCUGCAGUUGAACCUUUCACAAUUUGUAAGAAAUAUUUAAUAGGUCUUCUUGAGGUCAUCUCAUCAUUUUAUGUUGAAUGGGGAGGAAACGCUAUGUCCUUCAUGGGAAAAGGUGUUACGAAAAGCACAGUUCUUUGCUUGCUUCACUUAUCUCAUGAAAUGAUGGCUCAAGCCAAGGAUACGGACUGGAUAUCUCUUUGGUCUUUGCCUUAUGAUAACAGUGAAGAACAAGUUCUUUCUCAGCUAGGUUUGGCAUGGCUGGUUCCUUUAUGGGUAGAUAGAGACCCUGAGGUCAGAUUUACAGCACUUGGAAUAGGAUCAGCUCUUACAUCUCUUGAAAUAGGAUGUAUUGCUUUAGCAGAAAGUUGCCAGAACAUCUCAGGAGGGCUGUGGGGGACAGUGAUAAACAUCCUUCUGGACCAAUCUGAAUGUAGCAUGGUACGCAGGGAGGCUGCUUUUAUUCUACAAAAUCUCCUUGUGAUUCCAAUUCCUACAGAUGAUGUGAAAGAUUGUAUUUGGCAAGGUCCCUGUGUACAUGAUGAAGACUCUGGCUUCUCACAGAUAGGAAAACCUGCACUUAAGGCCCUUUUGUAUCACUGCCAAUUCUAUGAACAUGUGAAUCAGAUGGUGAAACACUGUUACCUAGGAUGUUAUAUGUUUGAUUUUAAUUCUUCCAAGGAAAACAACCUCAUCAUAGAAAAAGGUGAUAUAAUUGAUUUUGAUGAUCCUCUUAAUCUUUGGAAAGCUCCAUCCAGUCAAAGCGAAUCUUCACAUUCUCAGUCAACGUCUGAAACUAUGAUUCGGUCUGCAUCACCAUCACUGGGGAGCGUUGCUGAGCUCCAGGCAAUAGUCCCAACAAAUUCAACCCAUUUUAUUCCUGAGUCUGUAGUUGAUCGGCUUAUGGCACAAGGUCAAAGUGAUACAACCACAACAGAAUCCUCAAGUCAACAUGAUUCUCCCAUGUCUGCUGCCCUGCCUAAACAGCGUGCUGUAGUCACACCUGCCCUUUUGUCAGCUGUUUGCAGCCUUCUGCACAAUCUGCUGGUUGUCACACCAGAAGAUACUGGAAUUGCUCUUCAGCAAGCACAUUUGCUAACAGCUCUCAGCAGUCUUGUAAGUGCUAAUCUGGUUGAGAGAUGUAUCUUGGAACUGAAAGCUCCAUUGGGUCAUCCAUGUCAUAUAGAACAUAUAAAAGCUCAGGUGUUAUUACUACUUCAAUACUUGUCAUCUGUGUCCAGGCUUCUGAAAUCAUGUUUAUUGGUGGACUCUCAACUUGUAAUCCAGGAUGAACUGUUGAAACCUCUCUUGGGAAAUACCUUCACAAUUCUCGCCAUUCGCACCAGAGAUGGGUUAGAUGCCGAGUUAACGUCUCUACUUCGUGAAACAUGGGUAGACCUUUUCAACCUUCUUGCUACAUUAUUGUGGAAGAGUGGUCAUAUAUCUUUUCCACCUGUGACAGCAGCCCUUGCAAAUCACUGUACAGCAAUAAUUGAUAAUAUUUGUGAUUGUAUUCAUCUGUCAACCACAUAUCCUGCUUUAUAUAUGGCUAGUUUACAGUUCCUCUCUGUCCUUUUGAAUGAGGAAGGAAGAAGACAGCUCCAAGAUAAGCAGAGUAUAUGUCAGAAUCCAACUAUUAGCUUUCUUCUGGAUCAUGUUGAAGUAUGCCAGGCAUCAGUAACUCAACUUACUGCAUUAAUUAUUCAGGUCUGUGAAAGAAAAUCUUCAAAGGAUGUGCUGAAAGAAGUUGCUGCAAAUGCAUUGCUGUCUCUCUUAGCUGUCAGUAAAAAUGCCCAGAAAUGUGCUUUGGAAGUUGGCCUGUUAGACAGCUGUAUAGAAGACAUGAAACACAUUCAUGCACAGCUGAAUUUGGAUUCCCUAAAGCCUGGGAAAGCACAGAAAAAAAAGGAGGAUAACCUCAUCAAGCAGUUAAGGUGUUCUAUGCAGCUCCUCAGAAACUGCCUCUUUCAAAAUGAAGAAUGCAAAGUGGCAGCACUCAAAGCUCAUCUUGUUCCUGUUCUGUAUUCGCUAUGGCCAUGGUUUUUAACAGAUGACUCCUCCAUGCAAAUAGCUCUACAUUUGCUUUGUGUCUAUACUGCAAACUAUCCUGCAGGUUGUGCUUCACUUUGUUGGGCCAGUGGUGGACAAUCAUCACUUGCAUCUGCACGAAGUGCAGCUGGCAAUUCAUUAAUGCAUAGCAUCUUGAAAUUGGCUUCCCAAGUGUCAAAUGAUAACAGCCCAAUUCAGCAGGUGGUCUUUUGUCUUCUUUCUAACCUUGCUCUGUCUCAUGACUGUAAAGGCAUUAUUCAGAAGAGUAAGUUCCUGCAAAAUUUUUUGUCUCUCUCACUACCAAAAGGAAGCCAUAAAAAUCCUGGUAAUGUGUCUACUCUUUGGCUAAAGUUGCUACUGAACAUAUCUUUUGGAGAAGACGGACAGCAGAUGAUCAUGAAGAUAAAUGGUUUUUUAGACCAGAUCGUGCAAAUGUGUAAAUACAAACACAAGAACAGCCAACAUCUAGCACUUCUCAUUCUACAUAAUGUAUGUUUUAGUCCAACCAAUAAACCAAAGAUAUUAGCUAAUGGUGAAGCGAUUGCAGUAUUGUCUGCCUGUUUGGAAAGUGAUAGUUGUGCUGUUCAGAGAAUAGGAGCAGCUUCGCUUUGGGCUUUGCUUCACAACUAUCAGAAGGCAAAAGUGACUUUGAAGAAUCCGUUGAUACGGAGAAGAAUAGAUGAGGCUUAUUCUUUAGUGAAGAAAACUACUCCACAGCCAGAGGAAAAUGAGCUACAUGCCUACUAUUUAAAAUGCUUAGAGAAUAUAGUGCAACUUCUUGAUUGUUAAUGAUCGUCAGAUGACUUCUCAUGUUGAAAUUGGACAGCUUAUUCAAUGGAGGCCUGAAAUGUGAAGAAAACACUUCUAAUUCAUGGAUUUGUGGCAGCAGCACACAUGCUGUGGAAGAAAUUUACGAAGCCUUUGAGGAAGGACUUCAUCACUUUGAACCAAAGAAAUUGCAUUAAAUGUGGUUUGAACUGUUUGUACUGUAAUCCCAAUGGGAAAUUGUAAUGAUGCUACUAUGUAAAGUAUGUACACAGAAGAAGGAAUGUACAGAGGAAAAGGAUGUGAAAAAAUCAGUGACUUUCUUAAAUUAUGCAUUGAAACUGUUACUGUAAAGGAUUAAAACUGCUGUUUUGGAUUGGUCUUAAUAAAGGGUUUUUUAAUGAGAUCAGCA